ACUCUCAGUUUGUUCUCAGUUUUUAACAGUCUCUUAUGCUUUGGCUCUCUCAGUGGAUGAUAUUUAAGGAGUGAUAAGGAGCUGGCCAUCAAAAGAGUGGGGUGUGUGUGUGUGUGUGUGUGUGUGUGUUAGGUGUGGAUGUUGUCAUAGAAGGGUAAGAUUGACAGAUAAGAAAGACUUUUCUAGGCACAGGAACCAGCAAAUGCAAAGGCUCUAGGGUGAGAAAGCUCUUGGUUUGUCAGCUUAGGACUUUUCGGAAAGCCAAUGUGGGUAUGUGGGUGAGGGGAGACUGUCAUCAGAAGAUACUAGAGAGACAGAUAGGAGGUAGAUCACAUCUCUUUUAAAAGCUAUAUAAAAGUAUUUAAAUUUUUAUUCUAAUUAUACUGGGGAGUUGUAAGAAGAGAAAUGACUCAAUACAAUCUAUGCUUUUAAAAGAUCACUGUGAGAGUUAUGUGGAGAAGGGAUUACAGAGGCAACAGUCAAAUCCAGGAGACUAGUUCGGAGAUUCCUGGGAUUGUACAGGCAAGAGAUGAUGGUGGCUUGGACAAGGGUCCCUAGUUGCUAUGGUCUGAAUUGUUGAGUCCUCCCAAAGUUCAUAUGUUGAAAUCCCAACACUCAGUGUGAUGGUACUAGGAGAUGGGGCCUGUGGGAGGUGGUUAAGUCAUGAGCCCUCAUGAAUAAGAUUAAUGCCCAUGGAAAAGAGACCUCAGAGAGCUCCCUUGCCCCCUUCUGCCAUGUGAGGAUACAAUGAGAAGUCUGCAACCCAGAAAAGGGCCCUCCUCUAGUCAUGUUAUCACCUUCAUCUUUGACUUCCAGCUUUCAAAACUGUGAAAAUAAAUUUCUAUGUUUUAUAAACUACCUAGUCUGUGCUAUUUUGUCAUAGUAACUCAGACAGACUAAGACUCUAGUGGAGAUGGAAGGAAAUGGAUGGAUAUGGGAUGUGUUUGGGGUGGGGAGAAUAGACUUAGUAGGACUUACCAAUGGACUGGAUAUAGAUGAAAAGAAAGGAGGAAUUAAGGAUUAUACCUAAAUUUUGAGCUGAAGACACUAAGCUAUUGGUGCUGCCAUUUGCUAUUCUGGGUAAAACUAGGGGAGAAAUAGAUUCGGAUAGGAAAAAACCCUAAAAUUUCUUUUUGGAGUUGGAGUUAGAGAGGAUUAUUAAACAUCCAAGUGAAGCUGAAUGUGGCUUGCUCAAUAGCUACCCAAAAUCCUUCUUGCAAGCCUUCUUUGAGACAUUAGCAAAUUAAAAACAUUUCCUCUCAGGUCUUCUUGCAGCUAGAGUUCCACACAAAAUUUAGGUUCUGGCAAUCAUUCAUGAACAGGUGGACAUUCAUGAACACUGGGAAGGCAAGCUUGAGCAUUUUAAGAUAUGGGCUGUGUAAGAGAGGACAGGGUAUUUUGGGGGCACUCACAGAGUAGUCACCUAGAGUCAAAACUGCUAUAGGUGAGCACCAAUGGACUUCCUACUAGAGUUGGUUUCUCCUGGUUGUGUGGCCUCCAGACCUGAUUCCUUGGCCUUUGAAAAAAUUCUGUAAGCUACUCACUACCCUGUAACAAAUACCAUCCUGUUUAAAUUAGCUGAGAGGAUUCUGUUAUAUGACACUAAGCACCCUGAUGAAUACAAUGUCAAGUGUUAACAAUUGGCAUUAUUGCUAAGAGUCAUCCUACCAUCUCCCAUAGCCCUCCAUCCUUCCAGGAGUGAGUGUGAAAAUUUAAUUUUAACCCACCAAGGUUGAGAGCUGAAAACACCUAUUUACCAAAAAAAAAAAAAAAAAAAAAAGGAAAAAAAAAGCCUGAUAUAAUUAUCUUCAACAAUAAGCAGAAGAAAUUCUCAAGUAAUUUCCUGGCCGAGGAAAUCUCUAAGAUGUGAGGUUUGAGAAAAUACGGUCUGUUCAACAAGAAAUAACAAUUUGAUCCAUGAAAACUAAUAAAUCACGAUUGAGAGCCUCCCCCUCCCCACCCCCACCCCCCCACACACACCCUCCCACUGCCACUGCUGGCCUUUACCCAGCACAAAUAAGUCUCUAACAGCAUAUCCUUUAUAUUUUUCUUUGAAUGGCAGGCUUCUGUAUGGGUUUGAUUUAUUUCUGCAAGAGGAGAGAGAGCACUGAUUUUUUUCUGUGUGUUUGUCUACUGAUGAAGGGGGUACUGAUGUUUACUGGUCCUAGGACUCAGGGGCUGCCAAAGGGCUUUCUAGAUACUCUGAGAAAAGACCUUAAAAAUGAAAUGGGUGAGGGUGACACCAGCAUAUAAAAAGCUGUUUGCUAAUCUUUCACGACAUAUUAUGGGUGAGAAACUUAUCCCUGCCUGUUUCUAGGGAGGAUCAUUAAGGAGUGGCAGACUCUUUAUAAUAUUAUUAUGAUUAUAGCAGACUGUCUUUGCGGCCCACCACUGUUUACCAGUUUCAUUUACACCUAUAUGUUUCUACUGCAAGCCCCUGUGACUCUCUGCCUUGGAAUUUUCUCUGGCUGCAGAAGCUUGGCCAUGCAGGACUGGCUAGAUGUGCUGGGGAGUUUGUACUCUGGAAAUCACCCUUCAACUGAUAAAGGACUGGAGUUGGCGGAUAGAUAACUUACCAUUUGUUGGGUGGGGCAGUUAUGAGGCUUUCUUUCUACAGUGUUCCAGAAGGUCUCAAGCAGGAUAAAGCCCCAGUUGCCUGAAGCUGUAACCUGCUUCUUACCAUAUUCUGUCAUGGUUUAUCUUCCCUUCCUUGUCUCACUUCCUCGUUCCCUUACUGACACAACUCUCAAAUGCUUUGUACUCAAAUUCUUGUCUUGGGUUAUGCUUCUGGAGAAACCCAAUAUGAGACAAUGGUUAACAUUUAUAUAGCACCUACUAGUUGUCAUACACUCUUCUUAGCACUUUAUAUUUAUUACCUAUUUAAUCUUCACAGCAGCCCUAUGAAAUAGGCAAUAUUAUUAUCCUCAUUUUACAAGGGAGGAUCACAGAGAGUUCAAGAGGCUUGUUUGUGGUCAAACAGCUAAUAAGGGUGAGAGCCAGAAUUUGAACAACAGGCAGUCUGGCUCCAGAAUCUAUGCAUUUAACCACUACUCGAUUCUGUCAACUGUGAUGUCCAAUACUAGCUAAAUAUGGCUAUUUACAUUUAAAUUAAUUAAACAUAAAUUAAAUUAAAAAUUCAGUUAUUUGGUUAUACUAGCUAUAUUUCAUGUGCUCAAGAGCCACAUGUGGCUAGUAGCUAUUGUAUUGGACAGCACAGAUAUAGAACAUUUCCAUUCCUGUGGAAAGUUCUAUUGGACAGCACUGUUAUGCAAGACCCUCUUUUUAUACCUAUGGCCUAUCUCAUAUUUCUUUAACACCAUAGAAACACUUACCCAGAAACAUUCUCUAUAUGGGACAUACCUGAGGGCCAAAAAAGAUAGGAAAAUGAAUUAGAGCUUUCUAGCAUUACUCAUAAGAGAGAUACUCAGAUCUUUCCCUUAAUCCUCCUUUUGAUUUGCUCCAGCCAGUUCUAUUGAAUCUGUUCCUUUUGUUUUCUUGAUGGUGUUGAAUUCGGGUAAAAAUUCAGGUGGUGAAAAUUUGGGUAGAUGGACCCUGAGGCUCGGGGCAGAUAUAUUAAUAGUGACUGGAAGAAACUAUCAAAAAUCAAAAACAUGAUCCUGAGAUGCUGAGUAAGAGGAUCUCAUAGGCAACUGAAUAUGAGUAACUAACAUGCUAAGAUGAAUCUAGAAUAACUGAAAAUGAUGGUCCAAGAGUUAAAAAUCACAGCAUUUGGGGUCAGCAGGUAUGGAGGUAAAUAGCCUGGCUAACUCAGACCCUUCCUCAAGAUGUAGCACUGUGACCGAUGUUUUUUUUGAUGAUGUCUGUGAGUCAUCCAGAGAAGGUUAAGAGGAGAAUGUAUGCAUUAAAAAAGGUUUCCAUCCAAAGUGACUUUUUAAAAGGUUCAUUUUUCAUUAAAGUAUGUUUCAUUUACCUGAUAAUUUACCAAAACUCUCAUUUUUUCUGAAAGUGCUGAAUGCAGGAGAUUUUACUCUAAUUAGCUUUACAAGAAAGUUUUAAGGACCUGUAUUUCUACUUCCUUUGUAGUGUGGAACAAUGCUCUCAGACAGGGAGAAGACAGUCAAUUUUGGUCCUGCAAGUCUGAGCCAAGAGAGAAUUUUAAUCAUCUCAGAGGAACCCAACCUGAGUAAUUCCUUGACGUCAUUCACUGAGUCUGUCCACUUCUCAGAGUGACCAGCUUGGGUCCGGGCCACCAUGCUUUGCUCAUUCUCUGGCAGGGACAGACAACUCUAAAAAUAUUCUCUAGAGGGACUUCUGUGGGUUAAAUAUUGGCAUCUACAUUUUUCUGGGCUUUGGGAAAAAAGCCUUUAGGCAGGUAGCCUGUGAUGGGGAGUGGGAAUCAGCUGGGGUCAAGUGCUCAAUAAAUUGAGUCUAAUUUGAGGGCUCUGCAAAGAUGUCUGGAUCUCCCAUUCUUCAGCCAGUCUUCUUAACUGGCUUAGUAGAAGAGAAAGCAUUGUUAAGGCAUAUAUUUCUAGUAUAAACUCUAAUAGGGUAGGGAAACCCAUCAAAAAGAAAGGACCCAGGACAAACUCAGGGCUUUGAUCAGUUGGUUGCCUCUGUUGGUGGAGAUACAUGAUGGGCUGAAGAUUGGAGUGCUUGAAAGCCUUUAAGCGGAGUACUGAGACCCAGGAUUUCUUUCUAUAUCCUGUACAGUGAGAUGACUAUCCCUCCUCGGUGCCAGAGAAGAAUGGAGGAUUACCAUAAUGAAUGGUAAAACUCAGCCUCCUUUCCUACUCAUUGGCUUAUACUCUACCUCAGCCCCCAUCCCACUGACCCAUUCAGGAGAUUGGAAGACUCUUGGGACAUAUCAAAAGCCAAGGGAAAAGUCUUAUAACUACUCAUAGUUUAGGGUUCCCCCCUCAAUAAAAUGGGGAGGUUGUUUCCAUCUAAUCACUCUAUAUUCAGGCCCACUGAUGGACAACUCUGCCAUUUCCAUAUUCUGAUUAGCAGUUUAUGACCUUCCUCUUAAAUAGAAAUCAGCAGUCAAGGAGAACUAAAAAUGUGAAGCUACCCUUUAAUGUGAGAAGCACCAAACAAGUUUGAACUUACUCUCUGUUUUCUUUACAAAUUUCCUAGGAGAAAUAUUCCUUAGGGGAUAUUUCCACUAGGGAAAAACAAAACCUAUGUUUAACAGCUUCAGAGACCUAGGAGAAGAUGUUGUAUCCAUUAAAUAAAAGCAGGAGGAUAUAAAAAGUAACUGUCGCAGAAUAAAAAUGAAAAAGCUCUUGGAAAUUAAAAAUAUGAUCACGAGAAUUUAAAAGGCAAUGAAAAUUGGAAAAAAAAACCCAGAAUGUUGAACCAAAAAAAGAAAAAAGAAAAUAAAUUAUCAAAGAAAUAAAGCAAGAAACUUUUCUUGAAGUGAAGGGCAUGAAUUUUCAGAUUAUGAGUGUUCUGUCAGUACUCAUAAUAAAUAAAAAUGGUCUACACCAAGGCACAUGAUCAUGAUAUUUUAGAACAUUGAUGAGAAGGUUCUGAGAUAGAGAGCUCGAAUGCCUAUGCCAAGAAGAAGAAAGAAAGAAAGAAAGAAAGAAAGAAAGAAAGAAAGAAAGAAAGAAAGAAAGAAAGAAAGAAAAUAGAAAACAAUGGACAAUAUUUUCAAAAUCUGAGUGAAAGUGAUUUCCAACCCAAAAUUCCAUCUCCAGAAAAUCUAUCUAUCAUAUAAUGGUGAAUGUGCUCCACCAAAGUGAGAAAGGAAACUGAGAAUGAGGAACAAAUAGGAUCGAGGAAAAAGGAAUAAACUGAGAUGAGCAGAAAGAAAAUUAAACAAGUGGAAAGUGAGGGAAUUCCUGAUGAAAAGUGAAAGAAAUGUAUAAGGAAAUAUAAUCAAAGUACACUAUGUGCCUCAGCUGGGAAUAAAUCAUAUUUACAUGGCUUAAUAAUGUAAACCCUGAAUAUCCUUCUGUCAAAUGCAUAUCUGAUAUUAUCACAUUGGGAGAAUGUAAAUAGGGUAGGGAUAUGUUUUAUUUGGGUAGAGGGUGAUAUUCAAGGAUUUCUGUCAAAUACAUCAUUUUAAUACAAGCAUCAGGAAGGCAUGAGUUUUUGUUUUGUCCACCAUGAAUUGCUAGUACCUAGAACAAUGUCUGGCACAUAGUAGGCCCUCAAUAAAUAUUUGUAGCAUGAAUGAAACUUUCUUCUAAGGAAUAUUUCUCCUAGGAAAUUUGUAAAGAACACAGACAGUAGGUCAAAGUAAAUGAAAAUAAACUUCAAGAAGGUUAGUACAUGGAAUCUGUUUCUCUCUAAAAUUGUAAGACUAGCAGUUUCAAGAUUUAAAAGUAAUUACAUAAGAUAGUUAAACUGAGCAUCAGAAUACUUGAGACAGUUUAAAAAGCACAAGAAAUUUCUAUGAAAUUAUUCUCUAUAAAUCUUUAUGCCAGCUGGUUUGAUUGGAGAUGCCUUGGAGCUCAGAACAGUUCCAGGGAAGUCAAAAUGUAAUUUUCUCAAUUUAGAAAGCAAGUUAUUGUAUUGACUUUUUCUUCCAUUCACUCACUGAUAUAAUACAAGGAUGGGGUGAGGAAAACUGCCUUGUGUGCUUCUCGAGCUGGUGAGCUUCUGAAGAGAAGAAGCCCUCAGUACUUGCUCUCAUAACAGAUUCCAGGACACUGAUUCCUUCCAUUCAAUAAAGAGGUGCGUCUUUGGACCAAGGAUCUGGUUUGCCAUCUAAUGGAUCUAAAUUGGGUCUAUUUAGUUCAACUUGGCUGCGAAUUCACUGCUGACUCUUACUGUAAUGAACCCAUGGAACUCUUCACUCAUUCAUCCUCUUGCUCACUCCCCCUUCACUGGACAUUUGCUGCACACCUACUGUGCGCCAGGUACUGUGCAAGCACAGGAGGAAGAAGAUUAUGUCAAAUAAUUCUGGGUGCUUGGAGCUAAAAUAGCCGGCCCUAUUGGAGCUCGCAAGAAGAUGUUCAAAGCGCGGAUCCAGGUAUAUUGGUGUUAAGAUCUGCCUCUGGGUCGGGUGCACACUCCUGUUAGAGGGCAGGCAGCUGAUCCCAGUUCAGCCCUCUCCAGCCCUCAACCCCAAGGAUUCAAAGUUGCCCCCAGAUUCAUAUUUGUGGGCCUCCCGGGGAGGCCAAACCCCGACCUGACUCCUCCCGCGCGCCUCUCCAGCUUCCCCAGCUCAGCGCGCCACUAACUUCGUCCAAGCUAAGCAGCUUGGGGCUCUAGGGUCCGGGGCCUUACGGAUCUUCUCUCCGACCCCUCCCCCCUCACCUUCCUCCCGACACGGGCCCAGCGAUUUCUCCCAGUCCCCAGAGCUCAGGGGUGGGGGUGGGGGAUGGUCCAACCCCGAAAUGCUAGAGCGGGCUACAUGCUCUGCCAGACCUCAGAGACGGGUGGCAGUGGUCCGGAAAGAGGCGGUGUGGAGGGCAGAGGCGUCAGUUAGGUAGUGUCUCCUAGCCGUGCCUUUCCACUCCUGCUGGAAUCCGGGGACAGCGACCCAGAGGUCUGUCGUAUAUGCAGGGCUUUGGAAAGAGGAAAGGCCCUGUCCCCCCUCCGCGUCCGCUAUGGCCCUGGGCCACGUUGUAGGUGCCACGCUGCGUUCAGGGGUUAGGGGCGACUCUGGGUCAUGAAGCCACUGUGCACUCUGCCUGCUGGCGUAGCAAGAAGGCCCCGCAAGAGCGGCUGGCUUUGAGGGUCAGGAUUCUUUGGGAUGUUGCGUGGAGUUUUUGUUGCCCAGGUGCUAGAGGACAACCCGUCGUCGCUCCGAAGGCAGGGUCCUGCAACAGUAAAAGACAGACCCACAGGGCAGCCCCUGAGCGCCUUUCUGAUCUGCAGAAGCAGGAAGCACCAGCGGGUGGGAUGCCGCGAGCCUCUGGGCGAGGCUUCUCUAGAGGCUACCCGAAGUUAGGAGGGGCCCGAGGGCGCUUUGGGGAGGCACAGCCCCCAUCCCAAGAAAGGGCUAGCCUAAGGUCUGGAGGGUGGGUGAUACUUCUUCACUUGUUCCCCACUGCCUCUACCUGCCAGUCCACUCUGCGCUCCUUUCCGUAAGAGCCCGGGAUCUUUUCCCCUCGCCCGGGUGCUGUGAGUACCCGCAGCGCCGACUCCGAGAAACUGCCUUUCCUCAAGAAAGAAGGUAGGGGCCGGAUGUGCGUGCUUGGGGAACAGUGUGCACCCGUGUGUGUGUGUGUAAAACGUGCCUGUUUCCUAAAGCAGAAACUCUGGGGGCUGCUUUCGGGUCUGGGAGAAGUUGGUUUGGGUUGUUGCGCGAGCGCUCACUUGCAAACAGCUCGCGAAGGCACGUCUGUUGCAGCAAGUGCUGGCUAUUGACAGGAGUGUCCGUGUGUGAAUGCGAAAGGCAGAGCUGGUGGCUGGGGACCAGGUGUAUGAGCCCGGGACGUGCGCCCCGCGGGCAGUGUGAGCGCGCUCACCAGCGGCCUGUAGCUGAGAGGGGCGCGUGUGUGAAAGUCUGAAGUCUGCCCUUAAGGCUUGCAGCACCGGCUCUCCUUUGCGGGACCGCGCAGGACGCGCGCCCACUCGACAAUGAAGCGCUUCAGAGAAGUGGGGCAGGGGUAUGGAGCGAGACGGGCAGAAACCUGGGCACAGGCUGUCCCAGCCCAGCAGCUUAGCAAACAGAAGCCAGAAGCACAGGACAGCUGUGUAAACCAACUCCGGCGGCGCCGCAGUGCAGGGUCCUGGGUUAGAGGGGGGCAUGCUGAACCCACAGUCGAGGUUUCUGGAGUAGGAGGGAAAUGCCUAACACUACUUGUAGCCAGUAGCAGCUUAGACCCUUCCCCAGUCCUCCUGACCACUCCUACCGGUCCCAGAGAAGUGAGGCAAAGGAGGCUUGGCUGGCUGCCAGACUAGAAGCAAAACGACUUUGAGGGGUGCAGGGUGCCUGGGUGCAGGUGGCCUGGGGGGUGAGGAAAGUGCGGAGGUUUUCUCAGGGGCACCCAAGGUGGUCCAAAGAGAUCAAUGUUUCAGGGCCCCUCUUCCCUCCCUCCCCCAGCCCCUCCCUGCUCCAUCCAACUCCUUCACAGUGGGCUAUUUCAGCUGAGAUCCCUUUUUAGAACCCAGGACUCCUCGGGGUCCAGGUGGCCAGAUGGGGUCCUUACUGGCAUAGCAAGAGGGGCUUCAAGACUAGAGUUCAGGCACCAAGACAGUGAGAGAAGCUCUGUCUGGUCCCUCACUGUGGCUGACUCCAAACUCUCCUCCAUUGGCCCUCAUUUUCUGGACGUCGUCGAAAGCUCUCCACCCCUCCCUGCCCUCCCGCUCUCCAAGCAAUGACCUCAUUGCAAAAGACAGCCAGAGCGGAUGGUUCCCCUCCCUAGAGAACCAGUGCAGGGAGAGCGAGCAAUGACGCCACUGGAGCUGGGUCGGUCCUGGCCACUUUGGAUUGGCCGCGCGGACUCGUGGGGACCCCCCUCCCACUGUCGCUGGAAUAAGAGCCGAGAGCUCCGCGGGGAAGACGCCCGCAGCAGGCGUUGUGUCCAACGGGGUGGACCGGCCGCUCGCGCUCUCCAGAAACUCGUCUCCAGAACUCCACCACACCCUGAGACACUUGUUUCUGCUCUACAAAGCCAUUCAUUGCACUGUAUCUUUUGAGAUUCACAGCAGCCCAUCUGGCAAACGAAUGGAGAGAGGCAUCAUGGGCUUCGGGAAGUCCUCCCCCUUUCUGGCUUUCAGCAUCUUGGUCCUGUGCCAGGCAGGCAGCCUCCAGGCGGCACCAUUCAGGUCUGCUUUGGAGAGCCUCCCAGACCCCACCACACUCAGUGAGAAGGAAGGGCGCCUCCUGCUGGCUGCCCUGGUGAAGGCCUAUGUGCAGGGGAAGACAAAUGAACUGGAGCAGGAGCAGGAGCAGGAGGAGACAGAGGGCUCCAGCCUGGACAGCUUCCGAGCUAAGCGGUGCAGUAAUCUGAGUACCUGUGUGCUGGGCGCAUACUCGAAGGACCUGAACAACUUUCAUACAUUCUCUGGCAUCGGCUUCGGGGCUGAAACACCUGGCAAGAAAAGGGACAUAGCCAGCAGCUUGGAGAAGGGCCAGUAAUCCCGCUUUGGGGUGCCCCAGGAUGGCAACCAGACUCCUUCCACUCCUUCCUGAUUUCCCUUCUUGCUCCCAUUUUUGAACUAAAUGCAUGCAGAUUCCACUUUGAUCGCUCUUCAAGCUGGUGUUGGUAGCUUUGCUUAUCACAGAGAAUAUGGGGGACCUCAGGAUGGAAGGGAAGAGAGCAGGACUCAUAGGCCAGGUUAGAGGCAAGAGUGAGGGAAGCUUCUUGAGAUCCCAGAGGAUUUCAUGGUAGAGUCCCCAAUUUCUGCUGCAUCCUUCAUGUUUCAUCAUUGAUGAAUAAACCUAUUUUCUAAAAGGA